UCCCUCUCUUUAAUUUCUUCCUUCAUUUCAAUUCUCUCUAAUUAUACCAUCCAAUAAAACAUACACAUUUCUGCUUUACUCUCCUCUCAUACACAUACAUACACUAAUACACACACACACACACACAUAUAUAUAUAUAUAUAUAUAUAUAUUACUACAACAAUGUCUUGCCUAGAGAUAUAUAGCACAAAGAUGAAAAAGAAAGAAGAAGAGGAGGAGGAGGAGAGAACGAGAGAUGGAAGUGUGGAUUGGGAAGGCCGUCCUGCUCUUCGCCACAAGUCCGGACGAUGGGUCGCUGGCUCUGUCAUUCUCCUGAACCAGGGGCUGGCGACGUUGGCGUUUUUCGGAGUGGGAGUGAAUCUGGUGCUGUUCCUGACGCGCGUUCUGCAGCAGAAUAACGCGGACGCAGCUAACAACGUCAGCAAAUGGACAGGAACUGUCUACAUCUUCUCUCUUGUCGGAGCCUUUCUCAGCGAUUCCUACUGGGGCCGUUUCAAGACUUGUGCCAUUUUCCAAGUCAUCUUUGUUUUGGGACUGAUGUCACUGUCGCUGUCUUCGUACCUCUUCCUGAUCAGACCGAAAGGCUGCGGCAACGAAAACAUUCCCUGUGGUUCGCAUUCGACAAUGGAGAUCACACUGUUUUACCUCUCCAUCUAUUUGGUCGCAUUAGGAAACGGAGGUUACCAACCGAACAUUGCCACGUUCGGAGCUGAUCAGUUCGACGAGGAACACCCGAGAGAAGGUUACUCGAAAAUCGCGUUUUUCAGCUACUUCUACCUCGCCUUGAACCUCGGUUCCCUCUUCUCCAACACAAUCCUCGGUUAUUUCGAGGACGAGGGCUUGUGGGCGCUCGGGUUUUGGGUGUCCACCGGCUCCGCUCUCGCGGGUUUGAUCCUUUUUCUGAUGGGUACACCUCGGUAUCGGCACUUUAAACCGAGUGGAAACCCUCUCCCGAGGUUUUGUCAGGUCAUAGUCGCCGCCGUCAAGAAAUGGACGGUCGAGAUCUCGCCCGGACGAGGAGGAGGAGAUGAGCUUUAUGACUUGCCCGGGAGCGGAGGAGGUAGGAGGAUAAUGCACACCGACGAGUUCAAGUUCUUGGACAAAGCAGCGGUUAUAACUGCAGAAGAUAUGGAAGAUGAGGAAAAUGGAAGAGUGAAUCCAUGGCGGCUAUGUCCGGUGACUCAAGUGGAAGAGGUGAAAUGCAUUCUAAGGCUAAUGCCCAUUUGGCUAUGCACCAUCAUCUACUCCGUCGUCUUCACACAGAUGGCUUCUCUCUUCGUGGAGCAAGGCGCCGCCAUGAAAACCGCCAUGGCAGCAGCGGAGAAUAGCUUCAGGGUCCCACCUGCCAGCAUGUCGAGCUUCGAUAUAUUGAGCGUUGCGGUGUUUAUAUUUCUGUAUCGACGUGUAAUCGAACCGACAGCUAGUAGGCUGAGGCAGAAGGAGAACGGGUCAAAAGGGAUGACGGAGCUCGAGAGGAUGGGGAUUGGACUCGUGAUCGCUGUUCUCGCGAUGUUAUCUGCAGGGAUCGUGGAGAGUUAUCGGCUCAAGUAUGCUGACAAGAGCUGCACUCACUGCGAUGGCUCGAGCUCCCUUAGCAUCUUCUGGCAGGUACCACAGUACGCAUUGAUAGGAGCAUCAGAGGUGUUCAUGUACGUGGGGCAGUUGGAGUUCUUCAACGCACAAGCCCCCGAUGGUCUCAAGAGUUUCGGAAGCUCACUGUGCAUGAUGUCAAUGUCCAUGGGCAAUUUCGUCAGCAGCUUGCUGGUGACCAUGGUCAUGAAGAUCUCGACCGAAGACCACGUGCCAGGUUGGAUCCCCAGAAACCUUAACAAGGGCCACCUGGACAGAUUCUACUUCCUCCUCGCUGUCCUGACCAGCGUAGAUCUGGUCGUGUAUAUCGCUUGUGCCAAGUGGUACAAGUGUAUAAAACUCCAAGGGAAAGGUGAUAAACCAGAUGGUGAUGAUGAGAAAGAUGGGGAUUCAAGGGUUUGAUUAAUGGGUUGUCCUUU